ACCAAAAUUAAGAUUGAUUAAUCCCAGAAUGGCUACUUAUGUGGAAGAACAAGAAAAAAUUGUCAAGGGUAUACUUAAUGGAGGUGCAGCUGGUCCAUCGGCAGCCAAAAAACUGAAAUCAUCAGAUACAAGCCAGCAACAAUCUACAGAAAUCCAAUCUGACUUAAGACCCUUGAUAGUUCAAACUAUAAAUAGGAUUAAAACAGAAAAAGAGGAGAAAAAGUUCAUGGAGACCAAAGCUUUUCAUGACGCACAAGAGAAACUCAGAGAGAGAAGAGUCAUAAUGAUCAAGGGUAACACAGGAGACGGCAAGACUUCGACUGCCAUUCAACUCAUGGACUGGCUGAUCAAGGAGCAGCAAUGCAGACAACCUCUUCAGCUUCAUGAAAUCAAGAAAUUAGAUAAAUUGUCUCCAGACUCAAAUCUGGUUACUUUUAUUGAUGAUAUUUUUGGAGAGAAAAGUGGAAAUACUGAUGUGGAAGAAUGGAACAAAAGAAUUAAUAAUGUAAAAACACUGUUUGUAGAUCAACAAAUCGAGCCCAAUUUUUUGCUUGUUACUAUUCGUAAUGAAAUAUAUAAUGUUUUGAAAAAGCGGUCUUUGGAACCAGUUUUCACCAAAGAUACUAUCAUUGACCUGAGUUCUGACACAUACAGGAUUUUAGAGGAAAGAAAAGAACUUCUAAAAAAAUAUCUACCGAACAAGUAUGAAUGGGAAGAGAAAGAAAUAGAAAGUAUUGUAAAAUCUGCUUCAAGCAUUGGCUUUCCCCAAUGCUGUCACCUUUUCUAUAACUCUGAGGUAUUGCAGGCAAAACGUGGGAAAUUUUUUGAGAAACCUUUUGAAUUUUUGAAUGAAGCAUUGUCAAGAUUACCAGAAUGUUGUGCCAUUUUGUUUCUUUUCCUCAAUGAAGGGGAGAUGAAAGUUAAAAAUCUAGACCCAAACAGUAAUAAAGUCAACAAAACAUUGUUAGAGGAAUCAUUUGAUAUUAAUCUGAUUGAUGGUGAGGAUGACAGAACCUCAUUGACUUACAAGAAAAAAGUAGAAUUUGUAAAAGAAAGUUUAGACAGAUUGCUAGGAUUUUUAGUGGUGAAGGAGAAACGUUGGUUUGGUGAGGAAGUAUACAGAUUUAAUCAUGAUUCUGUACAUGUCACAGUAGCUCUUUUGUAUUGGAACAAAACACCAGUUGGUUAUAUACAGAACUGUCCCGUGAAAUAUCUCGGUUAUCUCACAACCUCAAAAACAUCCUCAGACAUGUUUGUCAUAUCAUCAGAUCAUUGUACAUGUCUGUGUGAACGUCUGCUCCGAGAGUUUGAGUGUCACAGGUAUGUUAAUGGUAUUAAGUCUCUAGAUGUAUGGAAAGAUCCUGUAUUUGUUGUAAGAUUUUUUGACUUGUUGAAUGAGAGAAAAGUUGAUAAACUUGCUGUGUUGAAUAAGGCAUGUGAUUUUGGUGUAAAAGAAUGUGUUUUAUAUCUUCUGAGUGUGGGAGUCAAACCAGACAUUGGCACAGACUUGUGGUCAUUGAUUACAGGAGGUCAUGUGCUUGAUAAUGGAGAUGUGGAUAUACUGAAGAAAGUUGUUAAAUAUCUGAAUGAUGAGAAAAAACAUGACUUGUUAAAUGAAGCAUGUGAUUCUUGUUCAACAGAAUGUAGUUUAUAUCUUCUAAGUGAGGGAGUCAAACCUGACCAGGACACAUACUUGUGGUCAUUGGUUACAAGUUGUUGUGGUGAUGAGAAAGGUGUGGAUGUACUUAAGGAAGUUGUUAAAUACCUGAAUGAUGAGAUAAAACAUGACUUGUUAAAAAGAGCAUGUCAUUCUGGUUCAAAAGAAUGUGGUUUAUAUCUUCUGAAUAAGGGAGUUAAACCUGACAAUGAAACAUUGUUGUAUGCGGUGUGGGGAGGGAGUGUGGAAUUGUUACGUAAACUACUGCAGUACGACGUGAAUAUAAUGGCGAGGGAUUGGUACAAUAAAAAUGUCCUAGAUGAGGCGUGUCGGUGGGGGAGAGAAGAGAUGGUGACUGAGUUGUGUGAUAAGUAUCCAGACUUGGUACGCGACACUAAUAAUGGUGGACAAACCCCGCUCCAUGUCGCGACACGAAUGGGAAACUUAUCUAUAUUCCAGACAGUGGAGAGAACUACACUUCAAACCUUCUAUAAUCAGUGUGGGACAGACGGACAUGUUGUACACAGGGAUUGUGUGUGGGGUCAGUAUAUGUCCACCUUAGUGGACAUUAAAGGACGGACUGUAUUACAUGUGAGUUGUGAGAUUAGCAAAAAGGAGAUUUGUGUCUAUUUAUGUGAGAAGUGUCCAUCACUGCUCACAGCUGUAGACAACCGUGGCCGUCAUUGUCUACAUUACAUCGCUGAGUCAGCCAGACAAGAUGUAGACUUGUUCAUGGAGUUGGAGACUCGCGUCAAACGACACAUAGAAUCAACAGGAGGUAAGUAUGACAACCAUACUUGACGGGAAGGGGAACUCUGUUUUAGACUUGGUAAAGCAAAGGAUUGAGAAAUACAGUUGGGUAAACAACCAUUUGUAUGAUCAUCUUAUCAAAGUGUUUAGUAAAUAAUAUGCAGGUAUUUCUUCUAUGAACAUCUGCUGAUAAUAAGUACAAACCAUUAACAUCCUUCCUGUUCCAAGUCCAGGUGAUGUUCCGUUGUAUUUUAUGAGGGAAAUCUAUCGAUCAUGAUGAUUUUUCUGUACGAGUUUGACGAUCGACUUCGUGCUGCGAUAAAAAUAGACAGGUGGUGUCUUCGACCAGGGUGAAGUGAUUCAUGUCAAUUUCAGUUGAAAUAUUUGUACGUGAAUGGUAUGGCUCCGGUCAGGUUUAACCAUCAGGGGUGUUCAGGAAUUACUAAAUUUGUGGUGUUAUUUGUUGUUUUUAGUUAGAAAAAGUGAAUUUUUUUGUGUUCUAGGUUAAAGAACUAUUAGGAAUAUUUCGCUUUGAUGAUUCUCUAAUAAUGAGCAACGUGAUAAUUCUAUGAUAAAUCUUGUCUGGAGUCUGGAUUUUACUGUGGUCUAUGAAAAAAAAAUCAGGUCUUGAAAAUUGAUUUAACCAUGAGCAUUCUAAUAGAAAUAUAUAAUGUUUAGAUUUUGUUGUGAGAAAUUGAAAAUAUAAAUAAAUAAAACAAAAAACAGAGUCAGUGAUUAUUUUAAUGUGUUACCAAUAAACACUAAAUUAUAAAUCAGGAAGCUUUUUAGGACUGGACUUCAUUUCUGAUAAAUUCCUCUUGGAAAUGCUUUUUUCAGAACUUCAUUAAUUCAAAAUAAAUAUUUUCAGUUACCCACCAAAUUAUUUUCCUGAGCAAGCAUAAAAUUCUCUUUGUUUUUUCAAUUAAAUUUCUCAUUAUUUUUUUGUUGUGGAAAUGAUGUUGUUUUCCUCAAGUGAAUAUGUUAAAAGUUAUAAUCAGAAAGUCAAUUCAGAAAGUCAAUUAACUGUUCACCAGAUAUUGCAUGUUUGUUUUAUUUAAUUUGAAGAAAAGAACUUGAGAUUGCUUAUUUCCUCGUGACUCCUGUAUGUGUUUUGGAAUUGUUUAUUUUGUAAAUAAUAAUGAUCAGUAUUUUGAACAAACAAUUUAAAGCCACUUUAUUUGAUAAAAUAUGUCUUAUUGAUGCAAAACUGUUUUAAAUAGGUUGUAUAUAUUAUAG